UUGGAGAGCAGCGAACUAGUCACCUCCCACUGGCCACUGCGUUACCGCGCACCAAGUGGAAAGGAUCAAAUAACAGCGAAAGUGCUCCGAAAACCACAAGUCUCGAUAUUCAGAUUCGGUCACCCAACCUGCCACUCCGUUACGGUGGUCAGGAAGGGGUCCAGGGCACACGACGGGGACGUACUGAAUAUCACUUGGGGCGUGCCCCGUCAAAGUCAGACUCCUGGCAUAUUUUAA